AUGGCCAGAACAAAGAUGAAAGUUACCGGCGGUCUCGGUAUAUGGAGGAGGCGCGGGAUGCCUAGACCGAUACGCAUUCCCACAGACAGUGAUGAAGAGGCAAUGGAAAACCCACCACCCGUCCCCAACGACGCCGACAUUGAACUCGCCGACGAAGCAAGAAACACUGUCAAUCCAGCAACCCAGACCUAUCGUCGUCGGACUAGGGCGUCGUUGAUUACACCACCACCCUCCUCACCAUCAGUCGCGACAGACACCCUGGGAGGCGAGACGCCUCAAGAAGACACCCCUUCCACCAGUCAUGGUCAGAAACGGCCAAGAACACCAUCACCACCACCACCACCAAGCCCGGAGCGACGACCAGAAACACCCGUCGUCCCACCUCCCACGAGCCACGAAGAAGGACCUCUAACACCACGCCAUGAGCGUGUAUUCAAAAAGAAGAAGGCCGCCCUUACCACAGUACACCAGCAGCCUACCCCAGCAGAUGGGACAGUAGGGGAAACAGAGCAGGCACCCCCAGCAGAUGAACCACCUCCAGUUGCACCCCAGCAGGAAGCAAAUCAGGCCCCUGAUGACGCAGCCCCAAACCAGACAGUAGAGGCACAUCUCAGUCGAAUAGAGGACAGAAUGCAGCAUAUGCAGCACAUGCUACAACUGCUGGUGGACCACUUCCUACCCACAGACCAGCACAGACAGUGA